AUGGCGUUCGCUAUCGUAUCACUUGAAACCACCGCGUUCAUCUUUCUCCUGCGUGCAUCUCUACUGACAGCUAUGGGAUUAGUAAAACAUAAUGGGCUGUCUGAAAGACGUUAUGAUGUGAAUCGUCUUACUAAAGAGAUAGACUUCAUCGAACAAUACAUGAACACUUUUGCCGAAAAUAUUACGAGAAACGACAAUUAUGCGGCCGAUUAUGAAGUGGAAAUGAAAAUGAUGCGAGACGACUUGGAAACACAGGCCGCAGAAAAGGAAACAACUAUCACCGAGUUCGUGCAGUGUCAAGUUAAUACUUGUGAAGAAUACUAUCGACAGAAAUUUUACAAUACCAUUUCACGCAUCAUCAGGAAUGUGAAUCAGUCAUAUGCCGGAUUUUUUGUCAUGCCUUCGAAUAAUACUCUUUGGAAUGAAUCUCUAAUCCAUGGAUCUAAAGUUAAUAGAAGAAGUGCUGAAUCAACCCUAGAUUGGACAGUUUGUGAUGAUCUUCUGUUGACUGAACCUACUGAAGAAUUAGAUAACCUGAAGGAACUGAUAAUAAUGGCCACUGCUACGAAAUUUACUUCGUUGAGAUAUCAUGAAACCAAAGCAAUUUUUGACAAUAUUCUGGCGAACUUAAAGAUUGAACGCGCGUUAAUGACAUCAAAUGGAACACUAUCAUCUGUGUGA